AUGCUCAGUUCUCCUGUGUUUUCUGAUCUUAAGGAAAUACAGGACACCAACAGUAAUGCAUUUUGUUUUAUUCCCUCAACAGGUCGUGGUAAGAGCUUUAGGUUAAAACUUCCAUCUCUUCGCACGAUGACCUUAAGCCAACAGUCUCUGGCCAAGGAGGGUUUUGAUGCAGGGAUUGAUGACCAGUCUGACAGGGUCUCCUUGGCCAUGAAGGAUUUCCGAGGCCCCUUGAGUGAAAAUCCCACGCAGCCUGAGCAGGAGGCCCUGAUUGAGCUGGGGGAUAAAGCAGCUGCUCAGACUGUCCCUGAACCCAUGGGCCAAUCCCCCCCCAACCAGGAACAGGAGCGGCACGAAUCACAUCUCCAUGCCAGCAGCAGCAACAAACUGACCCAUGCCCAAUCCCAGGACAGUUUCCACAGCAUCAGGAGAGCCUCUUCCGUCGACAACAUUGAGCAGAUGAGAAGCAAUUUCGAGAAGAAGCUCAGGGAGAAAAGAAUAAAUUCAGGUGUGGAAGGAAGAUCUCAAUUUUCAAUUGCCCUAAAGACCAAGUGUUGUAAAAAUUAAAUGAUGAUGGAGUUCAGUCCAGUAAGGAUUGUCGGAGCAGCACAGCUGCAGUUCUGUCUUCCCCAUUCACUGCCUGCACUGUUCCUGCAUAU